UUUUCUGGUCCGUUGUCCCUUCAAAAGCUAGCUUUGCAUACUGCGCAUGCGCAGAUGCAUUAAAAUGAAUGGACAACAACCGCGCAUGCGCAUUCAGAUGAACAACGGACUUGAAAAGAGGUGUACAAGGCUCUUAAAAAAUUAAUGUGACACGCCCUAUUAAAAAAAUUACAGCCCCUCCCUAGUCCCUAUUCUAGUACAUACUGCAAGUGCAAGAGAGAGAAAUGACUACAAAAUGCAGUAGCAGCCGAGGUAGCAGCUCUUCUUCUCCUUCUCUCUUUCUUUCUCCCUUGACUAAAAAGCAACUUAUUGAUGUUCUUGAUCUAUUGGAAAGAUGUGGUUUCCCUCAGGCAAGAUGGUGUGAGCUGGGAUUGAGACUAGGACUAUACAAGAACACACUGGAUGCCAUUGAAAGGAAUUACCCUGGUGAUGUAAAUCAACGCUUGCUUGAAUGUCUCUCCCAGUGGUUGUCCAGAGCUGAUAAUGUUGACGGUAAAGGAGGAGCUACCUUUGACUCACUGUCAGAUGCUCUUAAAUCUAUGAAUGAGAAUGCUGUAGCUGACAAGUUAAACCAAGAGA